CCAGCCCAGCGAUGAGCGGCUGUGCGGGUUGGAUAUUGGUCACAUGACCGUGUGAUGUCAUCAAGGUCCCUUCUGUGGAUAGGAAGAAGGAGGAUCUACAAGGAGAAAAGUAAGGACGCAUGGUGCAGAUGGCCCAGAGGUUACUUUUAAAGCGCUUUCUUUCUUUGCCUGGAAGAUGUCUGACUAGUCAAGUGCAAUCUUUCUCCAGCUUAUCUGUAAAAUGCGCACAAACGCAUGUUCCACAUUUAACAACUUUGCCCUUUUCUCGGUCUACUAAAUUCACUACUGCUGCUCGUCAGAUUUCUACUUCAUCCUUACGCAGAGUAACGUUCAGUGUUCAGAAUAAAGAUGACUUUCAGGAACGGGUUAUUGAAAGUGAGGUUCCAGUGGUGGUGGAUUUUCAUGCUCAGUGGUGUGGUCCAUGCAAGAUUUUGGCUCCCCGAUUAGAGAAAGCAGUUGCCAAGCAUCAGGGAAAAGUGUUGAUGGCAAAGGUGGAUAUAGAUGAUAAUACAGACCUUGCUCUUGAAUAUGAGGUCAGUGCUGUACCGACGGUUCUUGCCAUGAAAAAUGGCUGUGUUGUGGAUCAGUUUGUGGGAGUCAAAGAUGAUGAUCAGGUUGACGCGUUUCUCAACAAGCUUAUUGGACCACAACCUUAGUAGGAAUUAUGAAGCCGAAAACCUUUGCAAUGCAUAACUGUGAUCCUAACAAGCAGGGACAGCAACGACUUUAAUGUGACAUUUUACUCCUUAGUUUCCUUACCAUGUAUACUUGUUUUCAUUGUAUUAUGUCCAUUUGUUUAAAUUGUAUUCCUAGACGGGAUAAAGAAAACGCUGUAAAAUAAAAUGUAUAGUACAUUAAUACUCAGAA